AUGAAAGCUGCCCGUUAUCAUGGUGCAAAAGAUAUACGUGUAGAAGAAACAUCUAUUCCUUCUGUCAACAAAAAUCAAGUUAAAGUAGAAGUAAAAUAUGUUGGUAUCUGUGGAACAGAUUUACAUGAAUAUUUACAUGGUCCAAUGAUAAUUCCCAUGAAAGAACCUUAUCCAUUAAAUGGACACUGUGGUGUAACAACAAUGGGACAUGAAUUUUCAGGUGUAGUUGUUGAAGUAGGAGAUGAUGUUCACAGUGAUCGUGUCAAGCCAGGUGAUCGUGUUGUAGUAGAACCAAUUUUUAGAAAUCCAGAUAGUGUCUUUACAGCAAAAGGUGAAUAUAAUCUAUCAGAGCCAAUUGGUUUUAUUGGUCUGACGGGAAAUGGUGGAUUUGCAAAAUAUGCAGUUGUUGAAGAUUAUAUGAUACAUAAAAUACCGGAUAGUGUCAGCUUUGAACAAGGUGCACUGGUAGAACCUGCUGCUGUGGCUGUGCAUGCCGUUAAAACUAGUGAUUUACAACUAGGCGAAACAUGUGUAAUUUUUGGUGCUGGUCCAAUUGGUCUACUAUGUCUUCAAGCUGCAAUGGCUGCCGGUGCUGCUCGUACCGUUGUUGUAGACAUUGCCGAGAAACGUCUUGAGAAAGCACGUGAACUAGGUGCUACAUUAAUUAUCAAUGGUAAGGAGGAAAAUAUUUCGCAACAAAUUAAAGCCUUUACUGGUGGUCUUGGUGCCGAUGUUUAUCUUGAUGCAGCCGGUGUACAAUCAACAUUUACAACAGGUAUCGCAUCUUUGAGAAACGGUGGUAGAGCUAUAUUGGUUGCAAUAUUUGGAAAACCAGUAGCAUUGGAUGCUAUGGAUCUUGUCAUGCGUGAAAUAACUAUCAAGGGAAUUGUUUGCUAUCGACAUAUAUUUCCAGAGGUAAUUAAACUUAUUGAUAGUAAACAAAUGGAUGUUGAACGGCUCAUUACAAGAAAAAUCAAGUUGAAUGAUAUUGUCAAAGAUGGAUUUGAAGCUUUAGUAUCUGAUCCUUCGGAAAUUAAAAUUUUAAUUGACAUUGGUUCUAAUUAA